CUCCGAUAUUAAAAUUUCUUCGUCUCCGAGACUACUUCAUAACAGACAAAAUAGUUCAACUAUAAAUAUACAUACACGAACUUGUAUGUAUAUUCCAUAGUUCCCCGUCUCUUCUACUCCGGCCGCUUUGCUCUCAUUUAGUUACAGGGUAAGGCUGGUUGCGGCAUGGAUCGACUAAAUGGUCCUGCACGUCUCAUGAUAGUUUCGGAUCUUGACCAGACAAUGGUGGAUCAUAAUGAUCGUGAAAAUGUCUCUCUUCUUCGGUUUAAUGCCUUGUGGGAAGCUGAAUAUCGGCAGGAUUCUUUGCUUGUAUUUUCAAGUGGAAGGUCAUUUGCAAGUUAUGAACAGUUGUGUGCAAAAAAACCCAUGUUAACACCAGACAUAACUGUGAUGUCUGUGGGAACUGAGAUUGCGUAUGGGGAGUCAAUGGUACCAGAUAAUGAGUGGAAACAGUCAUUGGAUAAGAACUGGAACCGGGACAUAGUAGUUGAGGAAACAUCAAAAUUUCCUGAGCUUACUCCUCAGUGGGAACAAAGUCAACGUCCUCACAAAGUUAGCUUUUUUCUGGAGAAAGAUAAGGCCUUAAAAGUAAUCAAUGCUCUCACUGAGCGUCUGGAAGUGCGUGGGCUAGAUGCUAAAACUAUAUAUAGUGGAGGGGAAGCUUUAGAUGUGCUGCCAAAAGGUGCUGGUAAAGGACAGGCUCUUUCAUAUUUGCUGAAAAAAUUCGAAGUUAAUGGAAAUCGACCUAAUAAUACUCUUGUUUGUGGCGACUCUGGAAAUGAUGCUGAACUUUUCAGCGUUCCUGAAGUUUAUGGAGUGAUGGUCAGUAAUGCAAUGGAGGAGUUGUUGCAGUGGCGUGAAGAGAAUGCUAAAAACAAUCCAAAAAUACUUCUUGCUACAGAGAGAGGUGCAGCUGGCAUCAUACAAGCCAUUGGUAAUUUUGGAUUAGGCUCAAGCAUAUCUCCACGAGACAGAGUAGACCUUUCUGAAUUUGGAAGCAAGACUUUAUGUCCAGACCAUGAGAUAGUUAUGUUUUACUUGUUUUACGAGAGAUGGAGACGUGCUGAAGUAGAAAACACUGAGCAAUCAUUACACAAACUGAGAUCUAUUUGUCAUUCAAUGGCUAUCUUUGUCCAUCCAUCUGGAGUUAAACGACCUCUUCAGCAUAGUAUAGAUGAAAUGGUCAAGAUACAUGGAGACAAGAAGGGAAAACGAUUCUCAGUGUGGGUCGAUCAGGUUUAUUCAUCUGAGAUUGCUUUGAACACAUGGUUGGUAAAGUUUUACAAGUGGGAGCUCUGUGGUGAGGAGAAGGAGAAAUACUGCUGUUUGACAACAGUUCUUCUGAGCUCGAAGACUGAAGAAUCAGAUGGGUUAAUGUGGCUACACCUGCACCAGACGUGGCUGGAAGGGCAAGGAACGGAAGAAUCAUCAACAUGGCUGUUAUAGAGAACGAAACUCUGAGCUAAUAAUUGUAUCUCCAGUAUGUCUGUCCGAAAUCUCCAGUCCAGCUUCUCAAUAGGGUCUAUUCAAGAGAAUGAACAUAUGCUGAUGGUAAUUAAUUAAGUUGAUCUAUAUGGCAAAUACCUCUUAUAAGUCAUUUAGUUGACUAAUUUCAACAAGUAAAAUUGGAUAUUGAUUAAAUAUCUGCAGAGUGAUUUGAAGUAUGAAUAAAUUUAUUUCCAUUUGUUUUCA